UGUUUUUUUCUUUGAACAUGUUUUGCUUCUUAUCCAAGAAGCUUCUUCAGCUCUGACAGGAUAGUGGAGAAUGGAAGGAUUUCUAUUCCUUGCAGUGUCCUCAGGGUCACCUGAGUAGUGGUGCUGGUUCCUGUUGUCUGCAAUUUUUUCUCUGGAAAUCCAUUCCUACUCCCACACCAAUCAAACCCAAAUUGUAGAGCUAAAAGAUUUUUUUUAAGUGACUGAAAGAGUCACUGUGGCUUUAAGGAAAAUCUGGAACAGAUCCCAACUGGGGACCGGAUGUGGACGGUUUGCUUACGAAACAUCAUUAAAGGAUCGGCGUAGCAGGGAGUAUUAAAGCAAAUCAUUGAGGGGGAGGAUCAAGCAAGAAGGGUUUCUCUCCUAAUCCGGCGACGAUGCUGAUUCUCAUUUUACAACAAUGCAUAAAAAUCCUCACCCUGCCCAUCUAUGUGCUUGCCUAUUUUGGCUUAUGGGAUCCUAUUUGUAAAAAAACUUUCCCAUUUUUCAUGAAAAAGUUGAGCAAAAACUACAAUGAAAAACUGCACAAGGAAAAGGAGACACUGUUCAAGAACAUGCAGGACUUUGCCGACUCCUCGGGAAAGCUCCAGCUGCUAGAGAUUGGCGUGGGCACCGGCAGCAACUUUCAGUUUUAUCCCCCCAACUCUCGCGUGACCUGCGUGGACUACAAUCCCCAUUUUCAGAAUUUCCUCCUGGAGAGCAUGGCUCAGAACACGCACCUCCAGUUCGAGAAUUUUGUGGUCGCCUCUGCAGAGAACAUGUCUUCCGUGUCGGAUAACUCUGUGGACGUGGUGGUUUGCACGCUGCUGCUUUGCUCUGUGAACAGCACCCAGGAUGUCUUGAAGGAGGUUCUGCGAGUGCUCAGACCAGUAAGUCAAAGGGCAAAGAGGGAAAGUUAAAAGUCUGGUCUGUCCAGACCACCGAAUAAUGGGCACAAGGCAGGUGUGCAUGCUUUGAAAAUAAUGGGCACUAUGCAGAUGCGCAUGGGAGCAAGGGCUUUAGAUCCCACAAAAACAGCACCUCUCUGCUGCUCUUUGUGCUGCUGAUUUUCGGGCUGAACCUAAACUGGAUUCCUGCUUAAAGCAACCGCACCUUUCCUGCCUGCCCUGCGUUUCUGAAUCAUUUUCAGACUCUGUAUAACAACUUCAAGGAAUAUAUUCAUAACUUUAAUGUUAGUAAAUGGCAGCAAGCUUCUGGCCUGAGAUAGGGGCCUGGUUGGUACUUCAGUGAGACGUUUCCAGAAAAUAUUAGGUUGAAGCUAGAUUGAAAAAUUAAAACAACAUCUCUGUGAAAUGACAAACCACUUUUGAAUGAUUUGUCUAAGUGGUUUCCAAAAAUGCUCUCCCCAUGUGGAAGUCUGCAUGAAAUCAAGUUUGAUUUGGGGGAGACUGGAGUAGAAACCAGAGUAGAUCAAGCUGACACUGUAGCAGGAGGACAAGGUGUGUUACAUGAGGAAAAGUGUGGGGGGGGGAGCAUUAUGCUGUCACAGCACAGGCUGUGCCCAUUUGGUUAUAUUUGCUGUGACACAACACUACUUUGGGGUGGGUUUGGCCUAGUCUCUGAUCUUGCAGAAGCCUCUGUACAGCACGGUAUCUUAAGUAAAUAGACUAAAGACUGCCCUUCACCUAAAACUAAGUAAAAGUUUAAAAUGCUGCCCCAAAUCUGCCAUUUCCCUACAGAAGUUCAAAACUGUUCUUCUAGUGAUAAGAAGAACAAACAGAGGCUGGGGAUAGUAUGCAGUCCAGUGGCUUUGGGAUGCUGUAUGUAUAUUGAUAUAUUAUGCAGUUUGAGAAAUGAAGUAUCCAGACCUUACAUGUUUGCUAUACAGAGAAAAUUAGCAGUCAUUUCCAUAGUUAUAAUUAUUAAGUGCUGCACUCUGUAAUCAACUAAUAAUCCAGCAAAGCCAGCAUUAUCUUCCAAAUAGGAAUUGUGGGGUUAUUCCUAGCACCUGGAAUGUGACUAAAAUGCAGAUAAUAUUCUUAACAGGGUAUUUGUCCAACUUGCUAGUUUUUCUCCCAAGAAACACAUUGUUCAUUGAGCUUUAUUGUUGUGUUUAUUGUACAUCCUCAGCUUCAUUUUAAUAUAUCCUGCCUAUCAGAAUCAUCUGAAGAAGAUAUAAAAGUUUCAUAAGAUGUCUCAUGAUCUGCUCAAAGAACAAAGAGACUAGGGCAAACAGUCAAGACCAAGCCACGGAAAUGAAAAUCAAAAAGCAUAGAAAAGUAGUGGUAAGAGAUGAUCAAGCAUAGCAACAAUCCUGGUAACAUGAAGUUCAAGAAUGAGUCACGAGGCUCACAAUGUUCCAAUGCCUGGCUUUUUGUUUUGUUUUUUCCUUUCAGGAACAGAUUCAGUGCCAAGUCCCAAUCUUUGUAUAAACCAAGUCACGAUUCAGGCAUAUUGCUAUAUGAGUUCAAUAGAUCCUAAGCAAGCUGUAAUUCUCAAUAUGCCACUCUUGAAAUUUGGCACUUUUGGUUUCCUAUUUUUGAAUCAGUCAUCUUGUCACAUGCAGACUUGUGUUCUGACCAGAAUGAUCUAAAGUCUUUGGUGAGAUCUGGCUGUUUAGAAUCAAAAAAGGUCAGCAACUUAAUUGCAAGAUACUAUAAGCAGAAAUUUAUGGCCUUUCUACGGUAAUGAUAUGGUGUCACAUAAAAUCUUUCUUUAGCACAACAAAAGGUCAGAUGGAUGAGAGAGGAGCUAGAAAGAGAAUUCUCAAGGUGAUAUGGUAUCUAAUGCUAUACAUAAAGUUAAGACACAACUUUCUAUUACUUUUCAUUUCCACAGAGAAUGAAGUGAAUGAGUCUUCCCUGCCCAACUAAUAGUAAUAUUUAGCAACUCAGGUUUGAGACCAACAUUAUUCAGUACUUCUUUCUUGCUGCAAAGUGGAUAAAAAUCCCAAUGCAUUGUUGAAGUCUUGUUCCCAACAUUUGUUAUUUAUACUUCCAAUUGUCACUUUUGGGGAACAGAUUCAAAGUACAUGUGAGCAGAAUGCAAAGGGAUGAACUGCUCCAUAGUUUUGGAUAUUUUUUUUCUUGCAUCUGUUAACUCCAAAUGUGUUUUUUCUUAAGUUUAUUAAAUUUAUAUGCUAUUCAAUUCAUGGUUCAAGGUGACUCUAGCCCGCUUUACGCUUUAUUUAAAACUUUAGUUAAGAAUACAGCAAUUUAUUUAUUUAUAGAAUUUAAUGUUGCCCAUCUUGAAAUUUAAAGUGACUCUGGGCGGUUUUAAAAUUUAUUUAAAACUUUAAUACAGGAAUUUAUGAAAUUUAUAAGCCGCCCAUCUCAAAAUUCAAGGUGACUCUGGGCGGCUUUAAACUUUAUUUAAAAUUUUAAUUAACUAUAAUACAGAUAUAUAUAUUCAUUUCCCUCUUUAAACGAGUACAUUGACAGUUCUCAGUACUUUUUUUAAAUUUAAAACAAGGAUGUAUUUUCAUAAAAAUUUAUGAGUAAACAUAUAAUUAAUGAGAUUAUAAAAUUUUUCUCAAUAUAACGUUAACAAGGUCUGUAUAAAACAAUGCAUUAUUUUUAUGUAUGGUAUAUGGAAAUAACCUUGGGAGACAGAAGAAGAGCUAUGCAUUAGAAAAAUUAC